AUGAGGUCGCACGUCGCAGCCUUCGCGCUGCUUGGCAGCGUUUCCGCCUCCCCGGCUGAUGUCUCCGAUUACAAGGCCGCCCUUGGGACAGCGACGUACUGCAUCACUUACGAGUCGACUUAUCUUGCACCCAUUUCUAUCGGAGCGAACUCGUCUGAAGCUGACGUUUCUGCGACAGAGGAGCCGGGCUUCCCGCCCUCUGACUCUGCGAGUCUUCCUCUGUUUGAGUCGACGCAGGAGGCGCUCACCACAGGUGAGACUGUGAACACGGAAGAUCCUGCUGUGAACACGGAAGAGCCUACUGCAGUUACAGACACGCCUCCUGUGGACACAGAUCAACCUACCCUCACCACCGUCUCUCCCGAAGACACGGAAGAGCCCUCACUCCCAACCGCAAGUACGGCAACCCAGCCCGUGUUCGAGCCAACCGGACAGCGCGUUAUUUUCCAAGUCACACCUGCAGGCGAGCUCACCAAGCGUGAUAUCGGAGGCUUCGUGGGCGAUGGCAACCCUGACGUCUGCACGUUCGCUAGUGUCUACACGCUUGGACAAGGUCAGCUCUUCGUUGGGGAUGUCCCGUUUUCUUACUCGGGAGAGGAGUUCCAAUCGUUGGACUCCGCAUCAACACCUGGCGAAGGCGCCAUAUCGAGAACCUUUAGCAAUGACGGAGGAAUACUCAGCUUCGCCAACCGUGGCCUUCCUGGUGGUAGGGCUUCGUUCUGUCAGGAUCCUUUAGAUGGCCAGGUGUAUAUCACAUACAGAUCGAGACCAUCUGGCUGCGUCUUUGUCACGCUCAGUGUCUAUGGAGUUGAACGAUGCAUCAAUGGCAAGAUCGAUGGCCUCGAUGACCCGACGACUACUGGCCUGACCCAAUCCCAAGAUGCCCAAACGACAGGCUCCCCCGUUACCGCGAUCGACCCUGGCCAAAGCACCGAUAUUGACGUCCCAGAGGAAAGCGAGACAAAUCUUACUGCAACUACCGAGAUCGAUGUCCCUGGGGAGACUGGAACUGAAUCUCUUCAGACCACACAGGAUAAUGUCCCAGAGCAAUCCGAAACCGACUCUCCUCAAACAACAAAGGAUGAUGUCCCUGAGCAAACUGAGACCGAUCUGCCCGAAAACACAGAUACUCCCCCCGAUGUCAAGACAACGACUGGUGGGAUUGUGCUCCCUACUUGGUCUACUUUCCGUACCUGGAAUUGGGCCAAUACGUCAUUUACUGCACCUCCGAAUGCCGAAACCACAAGACUGGCUGCUUCAGCCGAUGUCCUCUCUUCUACCGAUAUAGAGGAUGAAGACACAACUACAGUUGAAGACCUGGACACUUCUACCACGCUGGAACCCACGACAGGUGAUCCUACUUCGACCACCGGCGAGACUACUACUACAAUGGAAGCAGCAAUCGAGACUUUCUUCAGUCUCACACAGAAUGGCGAUUUUCGUAACGGCCUUGACAUGUGGGCCCCUCAAGGCAUCACCAGUGAGCUCAAUGAAGGGUGUUAUAAGGCUGACGGAAGUCUUGACGACAGCUGCGCCACUCUGGGCUCGGCUGAUGGGGGAGCUCGUAUCAAGAGAGGGGCGGAUAGCUUUUCGGAGAUCGCACAACUUAUCACUGGCCUUGAAUUCGAGCUCUCUACCUAUGUCUUACAGUUCUACUAUUAUGUCCAAACCGUAAGUGGAAGCGGCUGCACAUUGCAAGGCAAGGGUGGUGAACAAGACUUCGCCACCAAACCCCUCGUAUCAUCAGAUGUCGGUUCGUGGAAAUUGGCUCGAGGCUCUGUCAUUGCCGAUGUUGAGCGGGCUUCGGUGAAAAUAUCGUUGACUUGCACAUCUGGCAGUCAGGCAAAUGUCAAGGUUGACUCAGUAUUCGUUUCCAAUGAGGUUACAGAAGAUAACAUUGAUGAGUACAAAUUGAGCUUUGAAAAUGAGGAAGCAUGA